CAUUCCAAACAAUUAACACCUAUCAAGUAAUCAUAUAUUCUUCAUAAACAAAGGACACAAUGAAAAAGUCAAAAGGUAAAAAAGGCGGUAAGAAAGCAAGUACAACAAAGCUUAAUAAUAAGCUGACAACAAGGCUAGCAAGACAAGGAAAGCUAAAGAAAAAUAAGAAAGCAAAGAGACAUCCAGAUGAAGACAAGGAAAAUCCAGCAGCACAGAAGGUCAAGGAAAGUCAUCAGGUGGACUCUUAUCAGUCAGAAUUGUCAGAAGAAGAUGUUGAUUAUUUCAGUACACCUGGAAUGAACACAAGUUUUGUUAAAUCAAGUUUACAUGCAGAGGCAAAAACAAAGAAAAGAAAGCAGGCUUUUGAUGAUGACACUGAAUCACCCUUUGAGAGGCAUCCGCGAAAAAUUGUUCACAAAGACGAAAAUCAAAACCUGAAGUCUCUGUUACCAAUUAAAACCAAGAAGGGAACAAUUGUACCACAGAUGAUUGAGGAUGACUCUGUUCCAGUUCAAGAUAAUGACCAAAAAGAUACUGCAGAGGAGGAAAUGUUGGGUAAAGGAGAUGAUACCAAUGAGACAGAGGUAUUACCAGAACUUAGUGGCAUACAACUGAUGUCUAUGAGGAAGAAAAAACUGUUAGAUUGCAGGCGAAGGAUAGCACUGCUGGCCAGCGCGCUGAUUGAGAAUCCUGAGGCUAAUAUAAGAAAACUAAAGGAGCUGAGGUUGAUGCUUGAAGAAGAAGACUGUGAUAUUUUCCUGACAAUACGAAAACUGGCCAUGGUCUCGCUGAUGGAAGUAUUUAAAGACAUCACCCCUGGUUAUCGACUUCGUAUCGCUACACAAGAAGAAAAGUCCCAAAGGGCUAAAAAAGAAACAAAGACUCUACGUGAAUUUGAGGAAUCAUUCUUACUGAACUAUCGUCAUUAUCUGGAAUUUUUAGAGAGCACUGUACGAGGUCAAACCUCCAAGAAAGAAAUUCGCCGCCACAAACAGAAGAGAACUAAUGGUGAUUUGGAUCCCGGUCUACACCAGGAUUCUGUUGAGGCGAUGCAGAUUAUGGCACUGAGAUGUAUGUGUGAGAUGCUGGUGAAACACCCUCACUUUAACUACAGGAACAAUAUUGUUAAUGUUAUAGUUCCCUACAUGAACAAAGGAAACAUUCAGAUGUCCUGUAUAGCCUGUGAAACUGUUAGAGAUGUCUUCAAAGAAGAUCGAGCAGGCCAUGUCAGUCUAGAGAUUGUGAAAGCCAUCAGUAAGAUGAUUAAAUCCAGAAAUUUUCGAGUCAAAAGAGAGGUUCUGGAUACUUUUCUCAGCCUGAGGAUAAAAGAAGUAGACUACAAGGCACAGGAAGAGAAAAUGACUGGUCAGCAACGUAAGGACAUGAUGAAAAAAAUGUCCAAACGAGAAAAAAAGAGAAAGAAGAAGAUGGAAGAGUUGGAAAAAGAAUUGCAGGAGACAAAAGCAACAGAAGACAAGAGAAAAAGACUGAAAUUACACACUGAGACAAUACAGGCAGUGUUUCUGACUUAUUUCCGCAUCCUGAAAGGAGGAAUAAGCUCCGAGCUCUUGUCUGCUGUUCUUGAAGGGCUAGCUAAAUUUGCCCAUCUAAUAAACAUUGAUUUCUUUGAUGACUUGUUCAAAGUUUUUGAUGAAUUGAUUUCAUCUCAGGAAUUGUCCUAUAGAGAAUCACUACACUGCGUUGAAACGGCAUUUAUCAUUCUAUCUGGACAGGGGGCAGCACUGAACAUCGAUCCUAAUACCUUCUACACUCAUCUUUACAAUACCCUUUUCAAAGUCCAUACAGGGUCCUCUAGUGAAGAUAUCCCAAUCAUCCUAAGUUGCCUGGAUGCCAUGGUAACGAGAAGAAAAAGACAGAUAUCCCAACAAAGAGUACUGGCAUUCAUCAAAAGACUUUUGACACUGUCUCUAAUGCAAUCCUAUGAAGGAAGUCUUGGCCUGCUGUUGGCAGUUAGGAGCUUCAUAUUGACUUACAAGUCUAGUGAAAUGCUGUUUGAUAACGAGACCCAAGGAAGUGGAGUUUUUCUGCCAGAGUUAGCAGAUCCUGAGCACUGUAAUGCACACAACACUAUGCUGUGGGAACUACCCCUGUUAAAGCGCCAUUACCAUCCUGUGACACGGCAGAUCAGUAAUCAUGUGUCCCUUUUCACACCAACGUCUGGAGAAGGACAACUGACAGCAGAACUUUCACGCAAAAACCCAAAGGAGCUGUAUGACACUUACAAAUCAGCUGAGGAAUUCUUUAGUCCAAUGCCACCAAGUAAAUCUUCAUCAAAAAACAAAACUCUACACAACAAGAUUGGUUCACAUGGCAUGAUCCAGAAGGAUUUCAACCUAUCAGCAGAAGAAACAUUCUUGUCAGUCGACCCAAAAACAGAAAAAGGAUAAAAACACUUCAUACUUCACUGUUGCAUUAAUAUCAUGAAAACAAAACAAUAUCAUUGGUUGUUAAGAUAUUAAAAUAUUGAACUAAA